AUGUCGGCCUAUUAUUCGCCCUACCGCAGCGGCUCUGGAGCGGCCCCCCUGAAUGGUAGCACAAGCGGAUGGCUUUCUACGCGACAACCUCCUCCAAAGCCGGUCUCCGAGCUGGACCUGCCCGCGCUACAGACCGCGAGCCGCGUCCUGCACGAACACUUCCUAAAGGAUGCUCAGGCCGUACCCGACUUGGGCGAUAUGAUUACUAUUCCUGGCGCACAGUCUUCUGCUGCAUAUAGCAUCUUCCCCGACGACUUUCGCGUACCCUACCAGAAACGAAGUCUGAAGCAUAUACCGGACGCGCUCUUUCAGUUCUACAAUACCGCGGACAUUGUUUCCCACAUCGGUCUACUUCCGGAGAUCGAACGCGUCUGGGUGUCCAUUGACCACAAAUUGUUUUUGUGGGACUAUGUCGAGGGCGAAGAACUCAGCUCGUUCACCGAGCAGCCGGACGUCAUCACAGUCGUGAAAUGCGUCAAGCCCCGCCCGGGCGUCUUCAUCGACGAGAUCAACUAUGUGCUCGUCAUCGUCACACCCUUCCACGUCGUACUACUAGGAGUCGCGGCGAGGGAUGUUGAAGGUCCCGGAGGCGUUGCGCGCAAGGACAUAAAGCUAUUCGCCACCGACUUGAAGAUUGCGACGGAGGUGGAGAUGACGGAUGUGGCGGGGACAGAUGAUGGCAGAAUCUUUUUGACGGGUGCUCAGGACGGGCACAUAUAUGAGCUGCAUUACCAGGAGAAGGAGGGCUGGUUCGGAAAGAGGGUGCAGCUCAUUAACCAUUCCAUCGGUGGUGUGCAAAGCUUCCUCCCACGCCUGAGCACGGCCCGUACAGCGGACGUGCAACUCAAAAGCAUCGUGUCGGACCCCGGACGAAACCUAUUGUACACCCUCACGGCCAGCAACGUCAUCAAUAUCUACCAACCUGCGCCGAAUAAGGUUCUUCAACAUGUUCAGAGCCUGGCGAAUCUCUACAAGUCUGCACAGGAGAAGGCGCCAGGAUCGCCCCCGCUCACGCCCAAUACCUUCCAGAUCAUCUCGCUUCAAGUCGUGUCGCCGCAAGAGUCCCGCGUUGGCGUUCAAUUGGUCGCCAUCACUAUUGGGGGCGUCAGACUUUACUUCGGUCCCGCCGCCUCACCCUACGGUGGAUACUAUGGUAGUGGAUCGACCAGUGGUGUGCGCUCAUUGAGCUUACUGCACGUCCGGCUCCCACCGGCGAACCUACUCCACCCGGACGAGCAGACGAACCCCGCUUACCAGGUUCAUCACUCGGUUUAUGGCCAGCCCUCGCACUCUAUGGCCCCGGCUACGUCGCGACCAUUUGUGCUUUCGGGUAUUGACCAGGCGCUUUACAACGACGGUCUGACUCUCGCCUGUCAACCCGGCGAUGUCGAAGGUUACGACUACAUAUUUUGCGUCUCUCCAGACCUUACUCGCAUCGGCGACUUUGGACAAGUCUCAGCGCCGCCACAGCCAGCACAGAUCACGUACGGUGGGAUGGGUGGCGGGCCGUCUCGACCACUGACGGAACGUGCUAUGUUGCUCGCUAUCGGUGGGCGUACAUGGGGCGUUGCACCCCUCCCGCGACCGGCAAAGACGGUUCUUAACGCGAGCAUGCGCACCGAUGGCGGGCAACCCCCUUCACUCAAUAAUGAGCUUGCGUAUCAAUUCCUGGAGCCCGCCCGGCAGUUCAUCAUCCUAACGAAUGUUGGGUUGCAUUACAUCGCUAAGCGCCGCGCACUUGACUGGUUGAAGGAUGUUGUCGAAGAGGCCUCCAGUGAGAACAAUGUGCAACCUAUCGUGGAGUUCAGGGAUAGUUUCGGGCGUGACCAGACGUGUGCGAUGUUGUUGGCGCUGGCGAGUGGGAAUACGUUCCUUGACCUCGGGGAACAGUCGACUUGGGGAAGAGUCACGUCUCUGCCACCAGACGUCGCCAUGAAGGCCAAGCAGGCAUUCUACGACUGCGGGGAGCGGCCACUAUGGACGGAGAGAAUGGCGUAUGGAUCCGCGGAUACGUCUGGUACCGCAGUAUACAGUGGACGGAGAGAAGGACUCGCGUUGUACUUUGCAAGAUUGGUGCGGCCGAUAUGGAAGAAUAAGCUGGUGAAGCCCGGUCCUGCUGGCGUGCACGUAGUGAACGUGCCACAAGAUCUACUCUUCCUGGUACAGCGGAAUCUAUCUGCGUUGAAGGAAUUCUUGGACAAGAACCCGCAUCUAUUUCACUCGGCGAGCGGUGAUCAACCGGGCAUGCGUGCCGCACCCGCCAACGACCAGGAAGCUUGGAGAGCCGAACAACAUUCUGUCGCCCAAAUCCAGGCGUUACUCGCGCGAACCAUCGAGGGCAUAUCCUUCUUCCUUCUACUUAAUGACCACCAGAUCGGCCAACUCAUCUCCAAGACCGACGCUGAGGUCCAGAAAGCCAUCACCACGUUGACGUUCGAAGAGCUUAUGACGAGCGACAAGGGCGUGCACGUCUCGCGUGCUCUCGUGAACGUGGUUAUUGACCAGCAAAUUGGCCAGCAAGUCGGCGUCGACACCGUUAGUGACGUGUUGCAAUCUCGCUGCGGUUCAUUCUGUAGCACGGACGACGUAAUGCUGUACAAGGCGAAGGAAAACACACGGCGCGCCGUUGAAAGCAGAAACUUUGCUGAGCGCCAGGGAUCCCUCGAAGACUCCCUUCGACUAUAUGCCAAGGGCGCGCGCAUCCUGGACUUCGACCAACUGCGCGAGGUCAUCGGCGACUACCAGCAACUCGACUUCGCGAAGGGCGCCAUUGAGCUCCCACUCGCAUGUGCCCAAGCGCGCGACGCGGAUGGUCAGGGCCAAGGAUUCUGGCAAUCAGUACCAGAUCCAUACGCGCCAAGUGAUGACCCGCGGAAGGAGUUCUGGGAUCGUCGUGCGCAGUGCUAUGGCCUUGUGCUUGACUCGCUCGAGGUCUUCGAGCAAAAGGCUACGAAGGGUGGCGAAGAUGCGGAACGUGUGCGUACAUAUGCGUACGAACUCGCCUUUGCGAGUGCGGACGAGAUGUUCCAUUCCCGGAUGUACGACUGGUUGAUUAAUCGUGGAUUGGCGGAUGAGCUUCUGGAAAUGCGUCCGCCGUACCUUCAAGCACACCUACUCAGAGAUCCGGCGACUGUGGAAAAGCUGCAGCUUCUCUGGCAGUUCUACGUGAAAGACGGCCAGCCUCUUGAGGCCGCCGUCAUUCUUGCCCAAUUGGCCGACUCACCUCAGUUCCCUCUGCCGCUCACGCAGAGGUUGGAAUGCCUCACACUUGCUGUUGGUAACGCGAAAUCGCAUCCAGUUGCCGUCGGCGGUCAGCACGAGUCCGCCAUCGCCUUUCUCACGGAGCUUGAGGAGAAGUUGGAGGUUGCGCAAGUCCAACUCGAGACACUCAACGCGAUGGCUGCUCUAGUGCAAUCUCCUAAUGGCACACCAGAGAUGCGCGACAUGCUCGAUGCUUUAGAUAACGGUCUCUACGAUGUCACGGAGCUCUACAAGCUUUACGCUGAGCGUUACGACCUGUCGACUAUCAAGCUAUUAAUCCUGCACGUCUCACAACACACCGACGAGCGUCUCGUGCAUGAGAUUUGGUCGAAGACGGUUGACGAGAUUAUCGAGAGCUGCCCUGGUCUGGAUGCCGCUCAGCAAUUGCAAAGCAAGGUCGUGUCCCUGGGGCAACGCUUCUACCCUUCAGAAGCUGCAUUUCCCUUCCGUCACAUCGUCCACCUUUUGUUCGAUUACCAGCUUCAGUAUCCGGAUACUCUGCCACCAGGCUGGACUCCUCGGAUACUGGUGGCCUCAGGUGUUCCGCAUGCCGAAGUCUGGGACGUUCUCCACCAGAUGUAUGAUUCGCAUGUUCCGCCAUUCAACACACCGGAUGCUGUGCGUGCGGUAUCUGGGGCCAUCUGCGUGCUCUUGAGCGAUUGGCUCGAGGCAGCACGGCGCUCGGCGUCGGACUACUUCCCAGUCGACCGCAUAGACACCAGCGUGGGGGUAUAUGUCAGUGAGCUACCGCCAGGUGAAGCCACAAGGGCGACACGUGAGGCAUACGAGCGGAUUAGCCGGGAAUUGCGUCGCAAUUGGUAG